CUGUCUUCCUACCUUACCCUUUAGGUUUGUUUUUGGAACCCCAUAUGAGAUAUCACAUCUCACAGAUAAUGCGUCUUUCCCUCAUCCUCGCCAUUGUUGCUGCUUUCAAGUUGGCAGUGUCUAUACCAGUUGUUGUUGAUGACGGUGACUGUCCCGUCUACUGCAACGUGGGUGAUUGCUGCCCUUCCUAUGAUUGCCAGCCAAUCGAACGGUGUGGUAGGUCGAAUUUAUGUGUGUCCGUAAUUGACCCGCCGAACUAUAGUGAGUUUCCGCUCUUGCCUUGGUGCAGUGUGGUCGAUGAUACAGCUGGGACAUGUAAGUAGUUCGUUGCUCAGUGCUCGGCUGUCACAGUGAACAGACACUGUUCGAGCACACAAGAUCUACCGACAAGUUCGAUAAUUGAAAAGUAAUGGCAGUUGCAGGUGGAGUCCUUGAGGAUGGAAAUUGAUCUCAUGCGUCAAAAGUCAAGAUAUCAGGCAUUAGUUGACCAUGUGUGGAUAUCAAAGACAGUGAUCUGUAACUUCUGAGUUUCUGACGUUCAUGGCAUGAUGCAGGGGACUCAGCAUUAGUGCACCAGCGCUCUGUCCUCACAACAAUUCAUCUAAAUGAAGAGAUAGCACAGCAUUCCUUCACGUAAAUUGUGUCUAGUGCCACGUCUGUACCUGUAAUGGGGAACCAACGUCAGCCCACGUACAGAGACACAUAUGAUGC